AUGCUUACCAGGUGGAAGUCCUGGCUGGAUAUUUUUAUCUUACUUACGAUUAAUGCAGUUGUCGCAUUUGCAUGGAAUACCGUCUAUGAUUUAGAAGGAGGACAUGCAUAUCUCCAGUUGCAAAACAAUGACAUUAUAAAGAUUGAUUUUUCUGUUGAUGGAGACUUGAAGUCGGAUAUAAAGUCGGAUGAUACCUUACCAGUGUAUUGUACUGCUCCAGACAACUCGACUAUAUUUUUGCAGCAAGGUGAAUUGUAUGGUUUUAUUUCAGCACCACCCAAAAGACUGACAAGGUCAAAAGAUGUUUGUGGAGAUGGCUUACUAGAACUCAGAACUUUUAAUGAAUCGGCUCAGCUGUGGGAUUCCGUGCUGUUGGCAUCCAAUGCAUUCGAUGAACUCGACGAUGCUUCGUUCUAUGAAAGUGCAACAUACUUGGCUGCUGAGGAUACUCUUUACAUUUACGGAGGAUUAUGCCAUCCGUCAUCGGAGAUCACGAACAGGCUCAUAUCGUUUGAUUUUGAAAAAAAGCUGUUCUCCAACAUUUCAACAUCCACUAAACCCCAGCCAUUUUACGGUGCUUCCAAUAUACUUGGACCCGACUCUCAGACUCAAUUGGUCAUAGGAGGACAAACAAAUAAAGGUUGGCUCAACAUGUAUCAGCUAGCCACAUGGAACUUUGAUUCUGGAUGGUCUUUCAAAUCGGUUGCUACUGGAAAUGAUAAGAUAAACUCUCGAAAGUUUGCAUUGGCACUUCCAUUAUUUGAUCCCUUGUCCAACGACUCUGUGGCAGAAAUUCAGCUGCAUUUCCUGGUGAAAAGUGUUCUUCUUAUAGGAGGACAAACCUUGAACCAGCCGUCUACUCCAGCGGUGGCUAAGUUGGCUACUAACGAUGCUAGUUGGGCAUGGCAAGAACUUGAUUUGGAUAUCGACCCCGAACAAAUUUUGGGAGCGGCAUCCAUUUUCAACACCCUUUUAGUUGUCAAUCAAGACUCCACAAAGCGUGAUAACAGCUAUAAAGUAACACUUUACGACACGGACAAUUUGAAGCAGGUAUCGAGUCUCAAGGACAAUUAUUCCAGCAAAUUCGCACCCACCAACAACUCAAAUCUGGUGCCUAAAAAGGCCAUUUUGGGUACAAUUCUUCCUGUCGCUGCCAUUGCAGCUGCAGUUGCGGCGUCCUUAUUCAUCAUUAAGCGCCGCAAGGCAUCCGCAGCUGAGCCUAAAGACGACGACAUUGACUACCACUUUGGGAACUUUUAUGAUCAAAAUAGCACCACCCAUCCAUACAACAAUAGGCUAGCAGCAGACUCUGCUAGUACCCUUGACGGUGCUCUGAUAGACUCGUGGGUUCGCAAAAGACAAGAAUACGAGGAGAAAAGAAGCAAGUUCCAUAACGACCAUUGGACGUCCAAAGAUACUUUGACUAGUGGUGAGUACAACAACGAAGAACACGAAUUGCCUGAAAAACCAUCGCCCACUCCUUUGCAAGGAAGUUUUAUGAACCGUUCAGUCUCAAAGGUGAAAGGAAAUUUCUCAUUUACCAACACUCCUGGCUCACCAAGAAUGAUGUUAUCACCAAAGAACUUGACUGGGCCUCGAACGUUGCGAGAAAAGGCCAGUCAAAAUACCUUGAUAUCCACCGGAGGCAGGCUCUUUGACGACGAAAUGUCUUCCGAAAACAUGGCAGAGUCAGAUAAUCAUACCAACUACGAUUCCGAUAACUCUCUUGACGAGAUGAUGGAUGUGCAAGUAUUGGUGAGUUCCAAACGUAGAUCCGUGCUCAAGGUGAUGAACCCCGAUCUGGAUACGGUCGAUGGAGAUAUACGGCAACGAGUUCCAUCGGACGAAGCCAAAGAACAAGACUAA